AUAACUAGGGUUUUUCUCACCGAAAUUUGGGACGAUAUUCAACCCCUCAUAAACCCCAAAAUUCCAGCAUUUCGUCUGCAGAAUUCAAUCGAUUUCCAUUUCUUUAUGUUCAUCUCGCAAACAUGAGUCAAAUGGAUUCAAAUUCAAAACCCACGAACAAUUCCAGAGAACUGGGCACGUACCACCCUCUCCUCUCGGAAUCCAUCGACCGGUUUCUUGUCGAAUUCCGGAACGGCGCGACGGAUUUCUCCAAUUUCACCUCCAUUUUCUCCCGUCUGCUCCACAAUUCGCCCGACCCACCUCUCGAAGUCGUUUGGUUUUACUCAGCAUUGACCUUCCACGCUGACAAGUCCACUGUCCAGGAUCCUUCGCAACGGGUCUGUGCGACGAAGGGACUCUUCCAGCUUCUUUCUUCUUGCUCCUGUUCUUGUAAUGCGGUCACAAAAGCUGCCGCGCUCGCUCCCGUUGUUUAUGAGCUGUGCUGUUUGUUGUCCGACGAAAAAUGUUCAAAGAGCGAGGCGGAGAGCUUACUGGAAGGGGUUAUUAGCUAUAUUAGCCUCUGUAAUACCCAAGAAGCCGAGGAAGACUACAGAUUAAGCUCGCAUUUUGUGGAUUUGUUAGGGGUAUGGAUGGUUGAUAGAAUUGGGGAGAGCAAUGGUGUACGGAUUGAUUAUUUUAGGGCUUUUUUCCCAAUUAUCAGUGAAGAAGUUCGAGGGAGCAUUGUUCUUGGAUGUGGUGUUGGGUACUUGGCCGGUGUGGUUAUGUGUGAGGCUUUCUUGUUGAGAUUGUGUCUCAUGUUCGAGAAAGGGCUUUCAAAAAUGGAGGUGGAGAAAAAUGCCCAUCAUUGCGCAGUCCAAAUGAUAACUGGGGUUCGAAGUCUUUACUUACUAGAUGUCCUGCUCAAGAUGCUGCUGGAACCAGUUUUGCCUGUAAACUAUCUAUUGGGUCCUGAAAAUGAAGUGUUUUUAAGAGAAGUCUUGUAUGAUGCUGUGAUAACGGUGGAAUAUUCAUUCUUCAAUCCUGGGGGUAGGAUUUUGCUAUCAAACAAGCAGCUUACAAAUCUGGCUCUGAUGUGGUUGUGUGUUGCUGACAGUGCAAUACAGUUUGUUAGGGAAAACAGUAAUCAGACCAAACUUUUCUCUUACUUAACUGCAUUCUCCAAAUCAUGCCUACCUUCCCAGUUGCUCAAGUGGGUUUCUAAUCAAGCAGGGAUGGAGGAGGCAGGAAUCAGAAAUCUUUCAACCCCUGCAUCUCUUAUCAAGUGGCUGCUAAUUGUACAAGAUCAAGGCUUGGAAAUAUUUGAAAGUGACAUCUGCAAGAUUUAUGCCAAAGCUGUAGUUUGUAAGCCAACAGUAGAAUACAAUAUACCAGCUGUGAACUUAGCUGCUCCUGGAUUGUUGAAAUCAACACCAAUCAAUGGUGUAAGAAAACGCGAAGAAGGAAGCAAGGUUGAAGGGCAAAAACCAUUUAAGUGUGUCAAGUUUGCUUCUCAUGAUAAUUCAAUGAUUGAGAAGUUAUUCCCUUCGGUUAAUGAUGGUGGUUUGAGUAGUGGAAGUGAGGUUGAUAAUCCAGUUUCUGAUGAAGAUAUGCAAGAUAUAGGAGGCAUGGAAGAUAUGGAGCAAGAAAUUCUUAUUGAUACAUCAUCAUGAGGAUGCUUGACUGGCAAACCUGACAGCUUCGCAGAUUGACUAGAACAGAUAAGAGACGCAUUGCAACUCAUUUUGCUGACAUCAAUUGAUUUCCAAUCUUAUACAUGAUAACUUACUACAGACUUGUAUGCUAUCUUACUAUGUCAAGCCAUUAAACAUUUGUGGCUGAAGAAGUCAGUUUUGGCAUAUUAAGAUCGCUUCUCACAUCGGCAUCUACUCUUGUUUUCUACUAAAAUCUAUAAUUCUAUAUCCUUCUCUGUAUCAAAGUAUCCUAGUUAUGCAAUACAAAGCAGUUAUAUGU